GCCCGGUACGGGCAGAGCCACCGCCGAACCCCGCGCACCGGCCCCGGAGCCCGCUGAGCCCAGAGCCGCUGCACCGCGCCCGCCUCCCGCUGACGGACCCCCGAGUCCCGCUACACCGAAAUCCAUCGCGCGGACCGCACCACACAGAGAUCCACUGCACGGAUCCGCGGACCCCACCGGGCGGACUCCACCGCGCGGACCCCCGCAUCCCACUACGCCGACAUCCACUGCACGGACCCUACUACACAGAGAUCCCCGAACCCCGCCAGACGGACGGACUCCACCGCGCGGACCCUCCAGCAGCCCCGCCUGCGAACCGCAUCGCCCCAAGCCCGGGCGCACGGUGCCCGGAGCCGCCGGUGCGGCGGGCAUGGCCCCCGGGGGGAGCCGGCCCUGGGGGUCGCUGCUGCCGCUGCUGCUGCUGCUGCUGCCGGCGGCGGGCGGCGGGUGCGCGGCGGAGGGCGGCCCGCUGGAGCCCUUCGAUGCGCUGUACGCCAGCGGGGUGGAGGCGUACUACGGUGGGGACUUCGCGGGCGCGGCGCGGUGCCUGGAGCGGGCGCUGCGCAGCCGGCGGGAGCUGCGGGCGGCGCGGCUGCGGUGCCGGCGGUCGUGCCGCGGGCAGGUGCGGCUGGAGGCGCUGGGCCCGGGGGCCGGCGGGGACCUGCCCUUCUUCGGCUCGGUGCUGCGGCGGGCAGACUGCGUGCGGCGCUGCGAGGAGCCGCGGCUCGGGGCCGCCUCCCGACACCGCGCCGCCGAGGAGGUGCGCGCCGACUUCCAGCGCAGGGUGCCCUACAGCUACCUGCAGCGCGCCUACAUCCAGCUGAACAAGCUGGAGGAGGCAGCAAAUGCAGCUCACACCUUCUUCAUGGCAAACCCCGAGCACAUGGAGAUACAGCAGGACAUCGAGAACUACAAGACCACGGCAGGGAAGGUCAGCUUGGUUGACCGGGAGGCCAGGCAGCACAUGGAGGACUACAGUGCUGGAGUGAGGCACUACGACAGGGAGGAGUACGAGCUGGCCAUUGAGUUUUUGGAGCGUGCGUUGAAAGGGUACUACGGCGAGGAUGAAGAUUGCCAGAUCAUGUGCGAGGGGCCACAGAGAUUUGAGGAGCAUGAGUACCUGGAUUAUAAGGCUGGUCUCUACGAAGCUAUUGCAGAUCACUACAUGCAAGUCCUGGCCUGCAAGCACGACUGUGUCCGAGAACUCGCCACGCGUUCGGGCCGUAUCUCACCCAUCGAAAAUUUCCUUCCCCUCCAUUAUGACUACUUGCAGUUUGCCUAUUACAGAGUUGGUGACUAUGUAAAAGCCCUGGAGUGUGCCAAAUCCUACCUCCUCUUCCACCCCGAUGAUGAAGAUGUCUUGGAGAACGCAGGUUAUUACGAGGGUCUCUUGGAGGGUGCAGUGGAUCCAGACACCAUCAAACCCAGAAAGGAAGCAAAAAUACUCCUGCAGCGCCAUAAGCUGGAGUCACACCUCUUGCAAGUGGCUGCGGCUGGCCUUGGAUAUGCCUACACAGAGCCGAACUACUGGAACAGGUAUGGAGCCCGCCAGGAUGAGCACAGUGUCCCAUCAAGUAUCAGCAGUGAACCAGAGGAUGGGCCUCGGCUGUCCCUGGCAAAGAAACCCAUGCCAAAGCCAGAUCGAGAGUUGAAGGAGGGGGGCCCACUUCUCUACAGCGAUGUGAAGUUUGUCUACAACUCACAGCAGCUGAAUGGCACCCAGCGAGUGCUCCUGGACAACGUCAUCUCGGAGGAGCAGUGCCGGGAGCUGCACAGGGUGGCCAGUGGGAUCAUGUUGGCUGGAGAUGGUUACAGGGGCAAAACCUCCCCCCACACCCCAAACGAGAGAUUUGAAGGAGCCACCGUCCUCAAAGCCCUCAAGUAUGGCUACGAGGGCCGUGUCCCUCUGAAGAGUGCCCGGCUCUUCUACGACAUCAGCGAGAAGGCUCGCAGGAUCGUCGAGUCCUACUUCAUGCUGAACUCCACGCUCUACUUCUCCUACACACACCUGGUGUGCCGCACCGCCCUCUCCGGCCAGCAGGAGAGGAGGAAUGACCUGAGCCACCCCAUCCAUGCUGACAACUGCCUUUUGGACCCUGAAGCCAAUGAGUGCUGGAAGGAGCCGCCUGCCUACACCUUUCGGGAUUACAGUGCCCUCUUGUACAUGAACGCGGAUUUUGAAGGCGGCGAGUUCAUUUUCACCGAGAUGGACGCCAAAACCGUGACGGCCUCCAUCAAGCCCAAGUGCGGGCGAAUGAUCAGCUUCUCGUCGGGCGGUGAGAACCCCCAUGGGGUGAAGGCAGUCACCAAAGGCCAGAGAUGUGCUGUGGCUCUCUGGUUCACCUUGGACCCUCUCUACAGAGAGCUGGAGCGAAUCCAGGCAGACGAAGUGAUCGCGAUGUUGGACCAGGAGCAUCUAGGACCCAGUGAAAUGAACAUAAACCCAAAGGAUGAGCUAUGAACUAGGCCAAAGACUUUUUCUAUUAAAUAUUUAUUUAAUAUUGUUAAUCUUAUUAGAACCCUUCUAUUUUUGUACAGAGACACUGUAUAAAUUAACAGGUUAAUAUGAUUGUGGAGUUUCAGGAGUGCCUCUUCUGUGUUUAGCACAGCUUUUGCUGGGACCCUCAUCCCUGUACCAGCACCUCCUGGUCGGGCUGACUCUGCCUUCAGCCUUUCCUGUUCUUCUCUAGUGCUUCUCAGGACUCAUUCAGUGUAUCCUCUUGGAGGACCUAUUUUUUUUCUCCCUCAACCAAAAAUAGCUGCUUCUCUUUAGCGUCUGCUAGAGAAAUGUCUCAGGUGUGCUAAUGGACCAGCCUUCCUGCUCCUGCUAAGUGCUGGCUGAAGACCUGGGCAGUGCUGCUUUGCGAAAACUGGAGCACAAAUCAGUAAUGGCUGUUCUUCACCAUUUGAAAUGUGCUUUUUAGGGGGGAAAAACAAAAGAAGGCCCAAGUCCUAGCAAAAUGCAUAUACCUUGGUAGCCAUGCAAAGCUGGUGUUUGGGCAUUAAUUCUGAGCACAGCUUCCAGAAAUCAGCUGCAGAGCAGGAGCAUGAACUGUGCACAGGCUUGAAGGGAUGUGUUUUGCAGUCGAUUCUGGUGAAAUAGGGUCUGUCACUCAUGUUCAGUCUCUUCUCUUGGGAAGGCUAAUGGCCUGGGAAGCAUGAAGGAAGCUGCUUCACACUGCAUCCUUUGAGCUGCCAGCCCAGUCUGCUGCUGGUAAACCCCAAAGUUCAUAGUAAACCCCAUAAUUUCCAGGUCCAUGUUGGAAGGCAGCUGAAAGGCUUAGGAAGUUAGAGUGGCAUGGUGUUGGUUGAUCACGAUGCAGCUCCGUACUCUGGAUGUCCUGCCUGCAUUCUCCCAUCCUGACAGUGCAGAAGCAGCAGAUGUCCAUGGUGUGGUAGCAUCUAUUUGCUCAGAGUAGUUCCAAGAGGGUGUUGCAAUGAAAGCACUUGUCGCCUAUCACAGGAGAUUUACUAGGCAAGUAACUGCUGCUAAGCCAGUAAAUCAUCCCUCUCCAACCAUUACAUUUACUCCUGUGUGUGGGAUUAGAGCAGCCUCUAUCUCAAUCAGAACAAGCAUUGAGUCACAGAAUUGCCCAUGUCUCAGACAUAGGGAUAGCAGCACAGCUGCUUCUGGUGCUACUUCCUAAAAGGAAGGUUGCAGUAAUCUUUACUGCUGAAUUUACUGCAAGAAUGCAAUGUCUCCAGAAAACACUUCAGGGAUCUUUGCUGGAGUUCUCAUCCUUGAGCAACUUUGCUCAGCUCCCUGCUGUGUUGGCACUUUCUCAGUCCUUUUCUGCUUCCCUCUGCCAGCUGUGACAUUCCCAGGACUUAAAAUCUGCAAUAGAGAAUUGUCUUUUCUCUUUGCUUCUGCAGCUUUUGCCAGUCCAAACCUUCCAGGCUCAGAAGCACCCUCUUCCCAUCCGUUCACAGGCUGCAAGGCUGUAGACAAGGAUGGUCCUUCUGUAGAGACCCCCUUAAAAGCUCGUCCUGGGCAAGACAGAGGGGAGCUCAGUGCAUCUGGAAAAACAAAUGCCCAGACUAUGAAGAGGGCACCAUUACCACCUAGAAGAUGCUGGAAGAGUCAUUUGCUGCACCUCCUCCAAUGUUGAAUCUGCAGAGGACAAAGCUCUGGGUGUUUCUGAGUCACCAGCAUGGUUUGUUUCUUUGAGAUUAUCUCCCUUCACCAUAGAGUGUUGAAAAGAUUGAUCAUGUUGGCUCCUCAAAGAACUGCUCACAGAUCUCUGCCUUCAGAGACCCUUCCCUGCUAAAGAGCCUCUUCUGUAAAUGCUUAACCCCCUCCCCCUUUUUAAAAUAGCCAGAGGAGAAGCUGGGGGGAGGAAGGGGAGGGCAGCUGUCAGUUUGGAGAGCUGGCACCUGUUUCGUUGUCCUUCCAUCUGCACUACACUAUUGCAUCCAAGGCCUGACUCCUACAUGCUGCACCUUCUGUGUGGGUCUGUGCUGCCAUCCCCCAACAACCACGUCUGCCCAAGUGCAUCCUGCAGAGCUGCCCCCUCAGUGCAGCCCCAGCCCUCCCGGAGCUCCAGGGAUCCCACCAGUUGGUCUUCCUGUGAGGAGGUGGGGGGGCUGGCUCCAGUCGUGGUUGGUUUGCUGCUGUGGUGGUUAGCCAGAGCUGUGUCUAAAUCCAGAGGAAAUAAACUAAACACAUCUGG